AGGAGCUGUUCGAGCCCGAAACGGUUACGUCAGACAAACAGAUAAGGGCCACAAAAGAAUGCUAAUGCCACAGAGGAGGCUGUUUUCUACCAAGAAGAAAACAGCACGUAAUAUUUCUCUGGCUGUUCCAAAUGCUGAAGAAAGCUGUGAAAUAGUAAAAUCACUUCUGAAUGAGGAGCUCGACACGAAUCAUGAUGUUCCUGCGGAGCACAGUCGUGCCGUGCCAGAUGUACAGCACAGCAAAAGAGGGCUUGACACCAAAAAUCACUUGGAUGUUGUAGAACAACCACACAGUAUGUUAUGGCAGUCAGGUGUUCAUCAUGGUGUAUCAGGGCUGGACAUGAACCACAUUGUUGCUGUGCAGCAUGGUUAUGCCAUACCAAUUGUGCAGCACAGCACAACAGGGCUUGACACCCACAAUCAGGCCCAUGUUGAACAACCACACACUAUGCCAUGGCAGCCAGGUGUUCAUCAUGGUGCAUCAGGGCCGGACAUGAAUCAGUUUGUUGCUGUGCAGCAUGGUUAUGCCAUACCAAAUGUGCACAACAGGGCUUGACACCCACAAUCAGGUCCAUGUUGUGGAACAACCACACACUAUGUAAUGGCAGUAGGGUUAUCAUCAGGGGUGGACAUGAACCACAUUGUUGCUGUGCAGCAUGGUUACACCACAUCAAAUGUGCCAUUCAGCACAGGUAACACCUGAUGGAACCCAUCAUAUCAAAUGUCUGUGGUACUGCU